AUGGGUUGCGGGAGAUCAAGCCGCACGUUGUUGAUCUGCCGCGUGGCCUUGUCCACACAUCAAAUCAAGGCGAGGAAGGAGCACACAACGGGACUUGCCUUGUUCAUCCCUCAUCAUUCAACACCGCAUACAGUUGUCGAUCACACCAGCCUCCCAACCUCGGAUUUGGACGAGGUCAAAUGCACAUACUCAAACAUUGGCGUCUUCAAUGGCGCCAGAGACGACACCCGCCGCCGCAUGCCAAUGCCUACACUGUUCCAGUCCAUGGCCAAUAGAGGCUAUCUGGCGCCGAACAGAUGGGACGUGGCGUUUUGGUCGAUGGGCGAACGCCGAAGUGAAACGAGCAUGGCACGAGCUCAUGCGGGCCAGCUGGCCGCCAUGCUAUUAUUUACGCGCCGGCCAAGGACUCCAGCUAUUCUUGGCAACAGCAACGAGGCUUUCCGGCCCCUAACACCUCGACGGCUUUGUUCCGUCGUACCUCUGCAGCAUCCUGAUGUCGGCUGUUGGUUUCAAAUGUCCUGA